AUGGCGAAAGAGAAAUCAAAACGGAAGACGUCCAAUGGGCCGGGUGCUCUUCAUUCUCGCCAGAAUGAAUUCAAAGUCGGUGAUAGGGUCAGCUUGGAAGGGUUGCAGUCCGUGCGCUAUAAUGGACGGCAAGGGAAGAUUUUCUCUCUACCAAAACAUACAAGUGAUCCUGCAGAACGAUACGGAGUCCUGCUUGAUGGGUGUGACAAACCCAUCGCAAUCAAGCCUUGCAACAUCGUGGCUUCUCAAAUCGUCGCACAGCCUGGAUAUCGACGAGAUGGACGCAUGACAACGGAACAGCAACGCAAGGAACGUCAAGCAAUGGAAGAUGCGACCACUUUGACCCAGAAAGAAACCAUGAGCGCAGAUCAAAUGGAAAUGAUGCGACUGAUGACAACAAUGUUUCUCACCGAAGAACAUCAGAUCAAAGCUUUUGGAAGGAAAAUAGAACCAAUGCCCAACUUUUGGGAAGAAGUCAGGCAAGAACCCACAGGAGGGAUUCCAAAGUCCGUCGACAAGAAGUGGGCUAAUGAAUACCUACGUACAUCCUAUGAACAAAGCCACAGCUUGCCUCACUUUAUGGAAAUGUGCAUGAAGCUAGCCGAAUACGAACCAACCAUGAAAGACUUCCUGAAACGUCUUGGGACCAACGAUCCUAGAAAGGUGCAUUGGUUCUUCUCGCAAGAAAGAAGACCGGGUGAUAUUUUCCCACGCGGCAUGAACGUCUACCGGUACAGCUCCUUUAUCCGCCAUAGCUUCAGCAAUCAAGCUUACCGCAAAGAGGUACUGCAUCUCGGAACAACCCAUGUAGCUGUCGGAUUCGUAGACUUGGGCAUCCUCUUUGCUGCCACUCUCGAAGACAAACUGUCAGGAACCAGGGCGGGACCGCUACGUUUUCUUGGAAUAGAACUAUCCGUCUAUGCCGUGGCCAAGACUCUGGUGAUUUGGGAAAUGUUCCAGCAGACCCCCCCUUUGAAAACCAGAGAGGGUGACAAGCACUGCCGAGCAAUCUUGCAGGCGUGGUUUAGUGCGACUUGGAGCGGAGACACGGAGAAAGCAGUUCGGGCAGCCAUCGAAGCCAUCGUUGGCCGGUCGUCCAAGCAUUUCUCGUUGAAUCCAGAGGUGAAGGCCACGCUGAACCACUGGAGCGCUGCGUCCCGUAUGACUCUAGGCGAGGCUCGCCUACGGUGGUCCCGCAACACAUCAUGUGCCAGCUCUGGCAUCAGCGAGAUGCGACGAAGGGUUGAUCGGAUUGCCAUGGCCCAAUAUGAGCUCACCGGAGAUUUUGGAAUCGAGGAUGAUGGCGCCCUGGCAGGAAACAUUCUCAUGUUUGACUGCCAAGAUGGAUCUGCUCCCCAGGCUUCCAGUGAAACGAUCUUUUCAGCACUUGACUGGAAGGAGCUGGCGUUGCUCUUGUCGCCAAGUACAAACAUUCUUCAAGCAGCGGAAGAGUUUGCUCUGACUGGCAUUGCAAAGCUGGCAGGUUGGGCUCGGGAUGAACGUGUUACUGUGGACCUGCGCUUCGGCAAGGUUGAAGAUUUGGUCGAGGAGAUUGCAGCAGCAAAGCCAUGGACGAUGAGUUGGUCCAAUGUAUUGGACUAUAUCGACCAUCGCGACUUCCACCGUUUGGCUCGCAGCUGCUCCAGAUGUGGAGACACCAUUCAUUUUGGAUACUCCAUGAAUUGGGUUGUAGAUGUGUUUGGCGUAAACCUUAUUGAUUUUCUGGGUCCAGAGAAGGCAAAGGCUCGAGCGGACGUUAUGGAACUCGCAAAUAAGAACGUCGCAAUCUUCUACAAAUCUCUUGGCUGGGUCAAGUAUCUGCGACUUCCGCCACCUUGCAAUCCAAUCAACACCACAUCGAACUACGCCCUUGAGCUCCUCCACCACAGAGCCUGGGCUGACUACUUUUUUAACAUUGCACGGCGCGAUGGGCCCUGCAACGUGGCCAGUGUGGAACGAGCUGUGGGCUCACCACUAUCGCACACCGGUGGAAGCACGGUUGCAUUCACGUGGACGUACGACCCCGAAAUUUCUUUCAAUGCCAAAGACGGCACCACGUUGAAUCAAGAGCACUUGCUUCCUGUUGUCGAUGGUCCCAACUCGCCCUGA